AUGUUCAUGAUAAUGAAACAUACCACCGAAACGUUCUUUGGCAAGUAAUUUACUAAUAGUAAUAGUUAGUUUUGGACUUUUGGUGAUCACAGUUUCAGGUCGUACCGAUCGUCUGUGUAUCAGUCAGCAAAUUGUUGUUUCGUUAUAAAUUACAACCUGGCUGUGUUACAGUGAUGGAUAGGGUAUUUUCAUUAUUCCCGACUACGUUCCUGCUAGUGCUAGUUGCUACGGCGUGUUGCUCCUGGUCGUCAGUGGGUAGCGAGCACAUCGCUGGUUCAAAUGCGGAGCCCGCAGCGCCCGUGGCUGAAGGAGUACCAGCAAUAUCUCCAGCGGAGGCGGCUGGUUAUGGUGUCAUACAGCGAGUGCUGGGCGAAGAAUACACGGGCAAAUUCAAGCUCUGCCAGAUAACGGCCAAGCCGGGCGAGAAUGACACGUUUGAACUGCGUCAGUCUCCAGCUGGACUGAUUGAGCUGUGCGGCACAAACGGCGUGGCCCUGGCGAAGGGUCUGUACUGGUACUUGCGUACCUACUGCAAUGCAACGGUCACCUGGGGACACCACGGCACUGGUGAUCAUCUGGAGCUGCCGUCACCACUGCCAGCCGUGCCGACGACCGUACGAGUGAGCAGCUCUGUGAAGUGGCGUUACUACAUGAACGUCUGCACCGUGUCCUAUUCGUCAGCAUGGUGGGACUGGCGGCGGUGGGAACGUGAGAUUGACUGGAUGGCGCUGCACGGUAUCAACCUGCCGUUGUCGUUCACCGGUCAGGAGUACGUCAUUGCAGAGUACUACAAGAGUCUGGGAAUGACUGAAGAGGAGCUGCAGGCCUACUUCAGCGGACCGGCAUUCUUGGCGUGGAAUCGCAUGGGCAACAUUCGCGGCUGGGCCGGCCCGCUGACGCCGGACAAUCGCAAGGCGCAGUUCAUGCUGCAGCUGCAGAGUCUGGAGCGCAUGCGUGCACUCGGCAUGACACCCGUGCUGUCCGGUUUCUCCGGUCACGUGCCUGCCGCUCUGGAGCGUAUUGUUCCCGGUAUCAAGCUGACUGAGUCACGUGCCUGGGGAAGAUUCAAUGCAACCUACACGGAGGUGCGGCUUCUUGACCCGACCGACAAACACUUUGUACCGCUGGCUAAAGGGUAUUAUGAGAUGCAAACCGAGCUGAUGGGAACCGACCACGUCUACAAUGUGGACACGUUCAAUGAAAUGCAGCCGUCCAGCUCCAACCCUCAUUACCUGGCAAACACGAGCGCCGCCGUGUUCCAGGGCAUGCGAGCCGCUGACCCGGACGCCAUCUGGCUGAUGCAGGGCUGGCUGUUCCUGAACGAGUUCUGGACAGCGAAGACUGUGAAGCCGUACUUGGAUGCUGUGCCCAACUCUGGCAUGAUCAUACUGGACCUCUACACGGAAGCCGCACCUAUCUGGAGCCUUUACGAGUCUUACUACGGAAAGCCGUUUAUCUGGUGCAUGCUGCACAACUUUGGUGGACGCCGUUCGCUGUGCGGUAAUCUGACUCGCAUUGCGACUGGUCCAGCGUCGGAUCGUGUGCGGGCUGGCAGCUCGAUGGCUGGAAUCGGGUUGACGCCAGAAGCCAUCGAGCAGAACCCAGUCGUGUACGAGAUGAUGCUGGAGACUGGCUGGACUACUCAGCCCAUCGACGUGCCAAGCUGGAUCAGCAACUAUCUGUACGGCCGGUACGGAGCAGCGGGUGGGAACACUAAUCUCCGUGCGGCCUGGACACAGCUGGAGCACGCCGCGUAUCAGUACAACUUCCCGCAAACGUAUCUGGGAAUAGUCCAGAAGUCGCCCGUGAUUCCAAGGAACCGUUUAGAGGACGACUAUGCCGAACCUCUCGAUCCUUCAACUCUAGGCUAUGUGAACGGUCUGGAGCUCGGCAAGGGAAUUAAACCAGUGAAGAAUUACAGUGACUAUGGAUUUGCGGGCGUCACUGCGGCCUGGCGGUUGAUGGUGCAGGGUGCCGUGGAAACACAGGCAAGCGCCGGUGCGAUCUCGGGACCGCUCAGUUACGACCUAGUCGACGUGGGCCGACAGGUUCUCGCUGCCGUCCAUGACGAUCUGGUCACGCUGUCGUCCGCCGCGUUCCUUCGUUGGAGCAAGCAGAAAACAAACAGCAGUGCUGACCUGGCCCGGAUAGGCAAGGCAUUGUUGACUAUUGUGAAAGACUUGGAUCAGCUGUUAAGUACGGACACUAACUAUUUACUUGGCCAUUGGCUGGACACUGCCAAGGAUUGGGCAACGGAUGAUGCCGAACGCAAGCAGUUUGAGGCGAAUGCUCGCUACCAGAUCACACUGUGGGGACCCAGUGGUCAGAUCAAUGACUACGCUGAGAAGCACUGGGCUGGCCUGGUGGGAACCUACUACUACGGCCGCUGGAACCUGUGGCAGAAGACUCUGCAGACGGCCGUGGAUACUGGCGUGGCGGUGGAUGUUCCACGCUUCCAGUCAACACUGCUGGCAUGGGAACAGUCCUGGUGCCAGGCCAACGGGUCCUACACGACAGUGCCCGCGCCGGGAGCGGUCAGCCUUUCUCAGCGCCUGCUCAGUACGUGGGCUACCGCAUCCACGUCCGGUAAGUACGAGAGAGUCAACAACACGAACGUGAUCGGUUUCGACAUCCACGCUGGUCGUGCGCUCCUCUCCAAGGACAUUGGGCAGAUGAAAAUGUUCUGCGACCUGGAGCCGUUGUGCGUGGGCUUCCUGUCCACUGGGUAUUUGAAAACCGCACUCACCAAGCGCUCCGCUCAUCCAAACUGUGACUUGUACGUAAAACAACCGCAGACGUAACACUGUUUGGCAUGAGAAUGUACUGACCAGCAAGCUCAUCCACCCUUGUCAGUGAAACAUUUCCAGACCUCUUGUUUCUUGAGGACUCGUUUGUUUGUCGAGUCUGGUAGUAUCAUUCUGGAGCUCACCAUGAUGCGCCACAUAAUACUCAACACUCAUUGGCACGACCACAAAAAAUGAAAUUUUUCAGACGUCGGCACACACACUCUCGGAGUUGCAGACUGAGUACGCACAUGCCACCCUUGCAAAUGCCACACACCGCAUGCGCGGCUGUAGUUGAUCUGAUGGGAAUCCAUCCUUUUUUUGGCCAAUUUAUUCGAUGAUACAUGUACUGUACAACAGGUGAAUUUCUCCGUUGGAGUUAAGCUUG